AUGUCCUCCGCCGAUACGGUGUCGGUGUCGCCCGCAUAUCGAAGCGAACGGAGAAUCCAUCCACUGCCCAAGAGAUCACUGAGAGACCGUUUAACCCCCGAAGCCGCGGAGUCGAUUCAAUACCCCCCAGCUCCUUCGAUCUCUACGUCCUUGUUCCCGAGUCUGUAUAGUAUCCGAGAUGACGAACCAGACCAGACUCCGACUCCCCCUCGCGAGCGACUCACCGAGGCUGCCCCGCGCCAGUCAAGAAGAGAUGGUCCAGUAGCAGAAAGUGGGGGAUAUACUACUGCGUCGAGACAAGGCAUACCGGAGCGCGGGCACAGCUUGCUCGAUGACGGGAUCUCUGAUCCGUCGAACCGCAAGGGUCAUCAGUCACCGAGGACUGAAAAUGAAGAGAGAUCGGUCAAUUCGCAAGCUACUCUCUCCGCGGCAUCAGCAAUCGAUGGCUAUGACUCCUUCGAAAACACGAACAAUAAGAAAAAGAGGAAAAUCCCUACGGCAGGUGAUGCAGCUCUUGGCGGGGUUCAUGUUGGCAUAGAUGCUGGCUUCGGAACCACAUCUGUUCAGGCGUCUGAAGGUCAUGGGGAAGCAACUUCUUCGAGCUCAGCGUCUCAGUAUGGUUCCGGGGGUUAUAUGCCAGGCUUGCAGAACGUGCCUGGUCCUGGAAGAGGUAGAUAUGGCAGACCGCGCAACGGCAGAAGCCCGCUCAGGCCCUUGUCGGACUCGAACACCAACUGGCUCGGAAGAGGCGGGAAGCUGCGCUCUGUUCCAUGGUCAACCAGUUCAGCCGAGAACCAGGGGAUCAUCUCCAGCGCCAUAGCGAAAGCAGAGAAGCUAAACCCACCACAUGCGGGGUCUGAAAGUACAAGUCUCUUGCAGAAUUCAUUGUCACCAAAACGCCCUGCGUCAGCACAGUUCACGUUUACCGCUCCUGGUCCUAAUGCACUCUCUUGGCCUGGCUCUGAUCGACGAAUCAACAUGCCGACCCCGUCAGCGGCUCGACAAGGACAGGAAAAUUGGCAGCGUGCUGCUCCGGGUGGUCAGGCAGCUAAUGCCCACGCUCUUUCAUCGGGAACAGGCACCGCAGCGAAGGAUGCACAAGGCAAAAGUGGCGCUGGAGGCCAAGGGCAGCAAGGCCCGGCACCUAAAACCACUAGGAGGAGUGCUGCAAAAGAGUAUGCCGCCGCGGCCAGACAACGGCGCCGGGAGACGCAACUACGGAAUAAGCGUCACCCUCCUAAGCCUGAAGAUAUCUGGAUUUGCCACUUUUGUGAGUACGAGUCGAUCUUCGGCCACCCUCCCGAAGCUUUGGUCCGUCAAUAUGAGAUCAAGGCCCGCAAGCAACGCCAGUUGGAACAACAGCGGAAGGCUCAGUGGGAAAGGCUCAAGAAGGGCAAGCACAAGGGGAAGAAAAACAGCAAGUUGCCUACCAAGGGUCACGAUGGUGUUCAGGAUGCCCAUCAACCUUCGGGCGGCCAUGGUGGUCCGGUGAACUGCGAUUAUAGUCAAGGCACUCAGAGCGAGGAGUACUUUGACGACGAUGAUUACGAGGAAGACGACUACGACCCGGACGAAGAUCUGCCGCCAGAGAACGGACUGGAAGCCGAACGACAUGGACGUGUUCCAGAUCACGUUGCCCGCGUCUCGACGGUACCUGAUGGGGGCGGGACGUAG